AUGUCUACCGUGGAAAUUCCCACCUCUCUCCCCAUCGCCGGCGCAAAGAAGUCGACGCCACAGCAUCCUCUUGGCCCUCUCACAGCUGGCGAGAUCAAGGAGUCGGCAAAAAUCAUCAGAUCGUUGUGGCCAGCGGGCACGGAUAUUCAGUUCAAGAGCAUCACAUUGCAGGAGCCAGAGAAGGCUAAACUGGUCCCUUUCCUGGCUGCUGAACAUGCGGGAAAGCCAACGCCCACUAUCGAACGGCGAGCUUUCGUUGUUUACUAUCUCCGAAAUACCAACAAACUCCAUGAGGCUAUCGUGAGCUUGAGUCAAGCAAAGGUUGAGAGCAAUGUUCGUCUCGGCCCGUGCGUGCACAGCAAUGCAGAUGGAGACGAGAUUAUCCGAGUCGAGCAGAUCGCUCUCGAGGAUGAGCAAGUCAAGGCAGAAAUCGCAAAGCUUCAACUUCCAGAAGGAACUGUCAUCAUCAGCGACCCUUGGAUCUACGGAUCCGACGGAGUCGAUGAUGGACUGUUCACGGACAAAGAGCGAAUGUUUCAAUGCUUCCUGUACAUUCGGGACCCAAACAAUUCCUCUGAACCAGACAGCAACCACUACGCUAUGCCCAUCAGCAUUUCUCCGGUCAUCAGCGCCGAGACGAUGAAAGUCACCAGAAUUGACUUCCUUCCCACCGGCGCAGAUGCUACCGUCAAGGAGCCAGCGCCAUAUAAGGUGCAGCCAGCCAAUGAGUACAUCCCAGAAGCCCAGGACCUCAGAACAGAUAUCAAGCCACUCAAUGUCAUCCAGCCAGAAGGAGUUUCGUUCCAAGUCACCAACUUCAGUGAACAGGGCCACUCCAUUGCCUGGCAAAAGUGGGAGCUCAAGAUCGGGUUCAAUCAGAGAGAAGGAAUGGUUCUCUACGACGUGCACUACGCCGGUCGACCUCUCUUCUACAGACUCUCCCUCUCUGACAUGAACAUUCCCUAUGCUGAUCCCCGCCACCCAUACCACAAGAAGGCAGCCUUCGAUCUUGGCGAUGCCGGCGCCGGUAUCAUGGCCAAUAACCUGCAACUCGGAUGCGAUUGCCUGGGAUCCAUUUACUACCUCUCGGCGGUCUUGAAUAACGACAAGGGGGAACCUCUGGAGAUGCCAAACUGUGUCUGUAUUCAUGAGCAGGAUGCAGGAAUUGGCUGGAAGCAUACAAACUACCGCACUGGUCGGGCUGCUGUUGUGCGAAGCAGAGAAUUGGUCCUCCAAUCCAUCAUUACGGUCUCGAACUACGAGUACAUUCUCGCUUUCCAAUUCAACCAGGCCGGAGAGCUCAUGUACGAGGUACGCGCGACAGGUAUCCUCUCCACUCAGCCCAUUGACGAGGGCAUCUCCGUCCCAUGGGGCACAGUCGUGCAUCCGGGAGUUCUGGCAGCUCACCACCAACACAUCUUCUCCCUCCGUGUCGACCCCAUGAUCGACGGCCCGCUGAACCGGGUCGUCUACGACGAAGCACACCCCAUGCCACGCUCUGACUUCAACCCGCACGGCGUGGGCUACACCGUCACCGAGACGCCCAUCACCACAUCCGGCGGCUACGACCUCGACGUCGACGCAAACCGCAUCUUCAAGAUCCAGAACGCCGGCGUCAAGAAUCCCGUCAACGGCAAGCCCGUCUCCUACAAGAUCUCGGCGCCCCCAUUCCAGAAGAUGCUGGCCGACCGGGAGAGCUUCCACCACAAGCGAGCCGAGUUCGCCGACCACAACAUCUACGUCACGGCGUACCGCGAGGACGAGCUGUAUGCCGGCGGUAAGUACACGAACCAGUCGCGCGGCGGGACCGGGGUGCGCAGCUUUGCGGCGCGCCAGGACCGCGUCCUCGACGAGGACCUGGUCGUCUGGGUGCAGUUCGGCAUGAACCACGUCCCGCGCAUCGAGGACUUUCCCGUCAUGCCGUGCGAGGUCAUGAAGGUGCACUUCAAGCCCGUCAACUUCUUUGAUCGGAACCCGGCUCUGGACGUCCCGCAGAGCGCGCAGAGCCUGAACCAGAGCCGACUGCUGGGGGUGGAGCAUAAGCAGGAGGUGGGCACGGCCGUGGUGAGGGGUGGGGAUGUGUGUUGUGUGAAGGAGAGCAGCAAGCUAUAG